UUGUCCAUUUGCAGUUACGUGUCCUCUGAGUCAGACAAACAUAAACUGUAACACAACACAUCCACAUUCAAAUUACGUUUUCUAACUUGAUUCUUUCUCUAUCCCUGUUGGAAUUCACGUCAACUUAGAUGCCCAGAAAACUUGUACAAGUGAAGAGAUGAUUGAAUAUUGAAUUUAGUGCUAACAAAGGAUGAUGAGAGACAAGAGAGACAUAAGGCCUGUUAUCUUGAAAUUUGGGGUUGCUUUAGCUCUUUCUCUUGGUGGAAUUAUCUUUACCUUUUUCAGAAGCAAAAGAAUCAAGCCCUCCAAUUCCUCUACCAGUUCAGGUGGUAAAAAAGGUGAGCUCAAAAAUGAUGAUCAGACAACACCUGCCUCGCGGAAAUCAGUUUUCGAUGUGCCAGAGAGAUAUGAGGAGAUCUCCAUAUCAAAAAGCAUUAUUGAGAGUUCUAAAAGUGGUCCAUCUACAAUUUGUAGGUCUGAUGGAGAUAGAGAUGGGCUUCUUUUGCCGGAGUUCAAUGAACUUGUAAAGGAAUUCGGUUUUUCACCUAGUAAGGAUGUCGAAACGCCACUGCAGGAUGCAGAUUCACUAAAAGAAUACAAAAUUGUUGGAAGGGAUGACCAUGAGCAAGAGAUUAAGAACAUGAAGACUAUUGUUAAAACUCUUAAAGAAAGGGAGAGAACUCUUGAGAACCAACUGCUUGAGUAUUAUGGCCUCAAGGAGCAAGAAAAUGCCGUCAUGGAGCUUCAAAAUCGUCUAAAGAUACACAAGAUGGAGGCCAAGCAUUUGGGGUUAAAGAUCGAGUCUUUGAAGGCAGAGAAGAUUGAAUUAGAGGCUCAAGUGGCUGAUUAUGCAAAGGUUGUGUCAGAUCUUGAAGCUGCGAAAUUGAAAAUAAAGCAGCUAAGAAAGAAACUCAGGUUGGAAGCUGAUCGUCACAAGGAACAGAUUUUAUCCCUUAAAGAAAGAGUUCUGAAGCUGCAGAACGAGGAAAAGAAUGCUGUUGAAACUGAAUCAGACGUUCCGUUACAGCUCCAAAAACUCAAUGACUUGGCAAGCGAGGCUGAUGAGUUGAGGAAAUCUAACCAAAGCUUAAGAGCAGAAAACUUGACACUGGCUGAGAGACUAGAAUCUGUUCAGACCCUUGCCACUUCUGUUCUUGGAGAUGAUGAAGUGGAAGCACUGAAAGAAGAAUGUCAACGACUGAGAAAGCAAAAUGAAGAUUUAUUAAAUGAAGUUGAGCAGCUUCAAGCAGAUCGCUGCAGUGAUGCUGAGGAACUAGUCUAUCUUCGAUGGUUAAAUGCUUGCUUGCGAUAUGAACUGAGGAACUAUCAGCCUGUCCAAGGGAAAACAACUGCAAGGGACCUCAGUAAAACAUUAAGCCCCAAGUCCGAAAAGAAAGCCAAGCAACUAAUUCUUGAAUAUGCAAAUAAAGAAGGCCAAGCGGAUAAGGGGAUCCACAUUCCAGAUUUUGAUUCUGAAUUGUUAUCCUCCCAGGAAUCCUAUCUUUCAGACUCUUGUGAGUUUGAUGAUACUUCUAUUGAUAAUUAUUCAGCACAUAAGGCUGACUCUUCAAACAAAAGUAAAGUCUUUGGUAAGCUUAUGAGAUUAGUACGGGGAAAGGACCAUCAUCGUAGUCAGAGUUCUCCUGAAAUCGUUCACAGUCACAGUUCUUCUGGUUACAAUUCAGAUACAGCUGUUAUAGAUGCUGGAGCUAUUAGGCUCCGUAGCAGAUCAAGAACAUCAUCUCAGGGUUCAUCCAAACAAUUUAUAGAUUUCCAUUCAGUUUAUCAAGGUUCAAGGAGCGAUAAAGGAGAAAGCAGAAAAAAUUUGACACGUAUGAGGAGAUAUAGUGAUGUGGGCUCAUUAGAUUAUAUCUCUAAACGUCUUGCUGAUUCACCCCAAGAAAAAAGAAAUGACCAUGACCAAGAAAAUGUGCAGAAAUCUGAGUUAAUGAAAUAUGCAGAAGUUUUGAAAGGUUCUCGCUCUAAAGCAUCAGUUCGCAAGAGAGCAGCAUCAAUUAGUUUCUUCUGACUUCUAUAAAUAUAAAAGACUUGCUUCUUUUUUUGUUUCCCCAACAUUGUUGCCCCUCUUUAUGGAUAGAGGUAGACAUAGGUUCUAUAGUUGUGUGAUCCUUCAUCAUGCAAAUCAACUUAUUGCAACAUGAUUACUUCAGUUGUUUACACUGUGUAGUCCUACAAAGAUUCCAAAUGUAACAUACAAACUAGUGUGCAGCUUCUUACAUGGAAGUUAUCAUGAGGAAAUUUUGAUUAGCAAAAGGAAACAGAAGAAAAGAGUAUACAUGUGUGUAACAUUAGAUAUCAAUGUUUGAUUUUCUAUGUA